UCGAUCCCCUCUGUGCGCCCAAACCCACAGAAAUGGAGGGCGGCAGCCAGACGCCGCCGGCAGCGGCCAUUGUAUCCAAGGUGCUCGACGACGACGACCUACUCGUAGAGAUCCUUCUCCACAUCGGCUUCCCCACCACCCUCGUCCGCGCCGCCCUCGUCUGCAAGCGCUGGCUGGGGCACGCCUCCGAACCGGCCUUCCUCCGCCGUUUCCGCGAGCUCCACCCGCCCCGCCUCCUCGGCUUCUACGUCGACGACAGGUACUGUGACUCCGCUCCACCAACCUUCGUCCGGAUGCUGCCUCAGCCCGCGGAGCUCUCUGCCAUCGUUCGCCGCACAAAUUUCAGCCCCUACCGGAGGCUAUCGCCCGGCAUGCUCGACUGUCGGAACGGCAGCGUAUUCGUCACCUUGUACACAGACAAGAGCGCUCUUGGGGUGCACAGCCCGCUGUGCCAUGGGGGAGGUCUGGCCAUCCUUCCAUCACUCCCACGCCCUCAACUCUCCUUCGGCAGUUCCUGCACUUUCAGAAAAGUCCUCUCCAAGCAAGGGGAUGGCCUGUCCUACUACUACGUGUAUGUGGAGUCUAGCAACCGAGAAUCUAGGAUGCAUGUAUACAUGAUGCAGGAUGGUUCCUGGCGCAGGCAUCAUCUCUUGGACAUAAGCCAACUCCCUCGUCCGCGCUCGACACCAAAAGCUGUGCUCGUCCGCAAUAAAAUUUAUAUGGCGGCAGGCCCAAGCGACAUUCUUGUCUUGGAUUUGGCGACCUCGAGUUUCUCCAUUGUUCAGCUUCCACAAGGAGUGGAGCAUGGCAACGGAGGCACCACCAUGUUGUCACGGGCCGGUGAUGCUUCUGGUGUAUAUCUCAUCCAUGUUAAGGAGUUUCAACUCCGCAUCUGGCUCCGCAAGGGGGGCAACUGGUUGCUGCUCGAUAGCAUCUGUCUGCAUGAAAUGUGUGCUAAUUUGAGGAAGUCGGAUUCCACAAUCAAGGAUGGGCAUACUGUUCUUCUCGUGGACCAGGUGGUGGAGUAUGGCGACUUUGUGUUCUUGCAGAUGGGUGGAUGUGUACUGCACUUGGAUAUCAGGUGCAGGACACUGCGUAAGGUGUAUGAAUACAAAAGCACUCCUUUCGGUGAUAUUCAUCCUUUUAUGAUGAUCUGGCCUCCCAUAUUCCCCGCGGUCAAGUAUGAUCCUGCAAGGUUCGUCUUCUGGCCUUUAUAUUAGAUGAUCUCUACAUAGGUCCUGUUGAGGUUACAUGGUUUUGUAAUGUAUAUAUUGUCCAUCACACUAUUUUAAAAUUGUGUUAGCUAUAUGACUGAUUCCUCACGAUAUUUUAAGCGACAUUGGAGAGUGCUUUUGCUCUAAGACGAAUUGACAUCACUUGUGUAUUCUAAUAAUAAUACAAGGUGUUCAUUUUUGGUCAUUAUUGGGGACAUACUUUUGUAUUAUCGACGACAGGUACUGUGGCCCACAAGCAGUGGCGGAGCCAGGAUUUUCGACAUGGGUAUGCGAAGUCAAAAAAUAUAUUUUUGGUGUACAAUAAUGCAAGACAUAAAAAAAUGUACCCCCCCCCCCCCAAUCCCAAAAGUACUGCCUUUGAUUUAGUACAGCUUUAGUAUAAAUUUUGAGACCAAGGGAGUAGACAAUAAUACCAAUUAAACUAUAAUUUUUUUCUUUGUAGCAAAUGUGUCUUCAGUGAUUUGGUUACAUUGCAGAACAAGAAGAAUCACAAUAACAUAACAAAAGCGAGAAAUGAUUGUGUCUUCCUUUUCUUUCAUAAAAAAAUUGUGCUCACAAUUAACCAAGCAAUCAUUUAAAUAUUGAAACUAUAUAAAUGCAUACAUGAGCAUAUAUACAUGAGCAAUUAACCAAGCAAUGAUUGUGUCUUCCUUUUCUUUCAUAAAAAAGUACGUAACUGAUGGUCAUACACUAUAUAAAUGCAUACAUGAGCAUAUAUACUGAAACUUUUCUGUAUAAAAUAUUGGGUAUGCAUUGCAUACCCUUGCAUUAGGCUAGCUCCGCCCCUGCCCACAAGGAACACUUAAACUUGCUAAUCAUGACACAUGUUCACCCACAAGAUACACCUUGUGGGUGGACAUGUGUCAUGAUUCGCAAGUUGAUAAGGACGAUGUGGAUGGAUAAGAGAGAAUAGAGUGGUAUGGGUUAAAGUUAUUUCCUGGUUACCAAAAGAUUACAGAUGACUCCCUUCUAAUUUGAUGUACCCCUAAGUCAAAGAAUCUGCUUGAAUAGCAUUUGUUUUUAUAAAAUUACAUUUGACAGUGUUGAUGGUUGUGUUGCCGUUUGCUAGAGAUGUACUGAAGUAUCAGACUACGGGAUGCAGAAUGCUCCAGGGAUUGUUUACUUCUGUUGGCAGCAUAUGUCAUUCUUCUGAAUUUGUUCCUCCUAAUUACAGCCUUGUAAUUAUUAUAUUUUUAGUGGUGCUCAUACAUGACUUGCUUGGUGUUUUAGCUUGGAUUCUGCUUCAUCACUGUUUUUACCAUCAUUCUGCAUCACUUUUUUCUAAACUACCCAGCACCUUUAAGUGCAAAAGUAAAACUUGGACCUACACAAGUUUACAACAUGUUAAUUUUUCAGAAUAUUGGCUUCUAAGCAUACUUUCUUAGUGGAUUCUAUAUUUCUUAUGCAAGAUUUUUGAUUGAGAUAUAUCACAAUGAAAAUUUUCCUUCCAGUGGAUAAUACAAGUUAACUGCGGGUAAUUUAUGCUUGCAUGGCAUUUUCCCUUCUAUGAUCGGAGGUUUGUUUGACUGGACUGCACACUAUAUAAUGGAAAAUUACAUGUCUGGGAUUUGAAGGCAUUUAACCUACAACCCUGAAGCUUUUAAGAAUACUAGUCAAUGUGUACGUGCAAUGCACGGUAAUUUGAAAGUAUAUUAAGUGCAUGCGGAUAUUAAGUAGGAUAUUAUUUGCGUGUUAUUACGUGAUUAGCAUUAUAUUUGGC